UCUUCGCUCCCCGCCUUCGCUGGGCUGACACAGCAGGGAGGAGCAGGAGCCGGAGGGGGUGCUGGUGCGGGGGGAGCGCCAACCAUCCCGAGCCAAGACAAGCAGCACAUUCACAAAUAACGCCCCCACCCCCAGCGCACGCGCUCCCAUUCAAAGGAGCGGGGUCUCGCGGCCGCUCAGAAGACGCGCCGCUGGCCCCAGCGCAGCUCUGCCUCGGAGCGCGCACGCCUGGAGCCUGCCCGCCAGCCGCCGCCAGGCCCCCGCAGUCCGGACAAGACGCGGGUCUCGCUCCCACGGAGAGGGCUCGCCUGGGACUCCCUUUGGUCUCCACUGGGGGACCAUGGCACCGCUGGUGGCGCCCCAGCGCCCGGGAUUCCUGGCUCGCCUCCUCGGUGGUACCUGGUGCCUGCUGUGUGUCGCCGGACAGGUAUGUGGAGACCCAAGCCAAGGGGCUGUUUUCCUGCGGGAAUUUACACUGAUUCGAAGAGAGAGCCUUCAUGAUGACUUCCUGUCUGACCUCUUGAAUAGUCACAAAACAGAAGACUCGAGCUCUAGGGCAGCACGCUCUGAGGAGGACCGGGACAGCCUGUGGGAUGCCUGGGGCCCGUGGAGCGAGUGCUCACGCACCUGUGGUGGAGGGGCCUCCUACUCGCUGAGACGUUGCCUCAGCAGCAAGAGCUGUGAAGGAAGAAAUAUCCGCUAUAGAACAUGUAGUAAUGUGGACUGCCCACCAGAAGCAGGUGAUUUCCGGGCUCAGCAAUGCUCAGCUCAUAACGAUGUCAAGCACCAUGGCCAAUUUUAUGAAUGGCUUCCUGUGUCUAAUGACCCGGACAACCCGUGUUCACUCAAGUGCCAAGCCAAAGGAACGACCUUGAUUGUUGAACUAGCACCGAAAGUCUUGGAUGGUACCCGUUGCUAUACAGAAUCUCUGGAUAUGUGCAUCAGUGGUUUAUGCCAAAUUGUUGGCUGCGAUCACCAGCUGGGAAGCACCGUCAAGGAGGAUAACUGUGGGGUCUGCAACGGAGAUGGGUCCACCUGCCGGCUGGUCCGAGGGCAGUAUAAAUCCCAGCUCUCUGCAACGAAAUUGGAUGAUACUGUGGUUGCCAUUCCCUAUGGAAGUAGACAUAUUCGCCUUGUCUUAAAAGGACCUGAUCACUUGUAUCUGGAAACCAAAACCCUCCAGGGGACUAAAGGUGAAAACAGUCUCAGCUCUACAGGCACCUUUCUUGUGGACAAUUCUAGUGUGGACUUCCAGAAAUUUCCAGACAAAGAGAUACUGAGAAUGGCUGGACCACUCACAGCAGAUUUCAUUGUCAAGGUCCGUAACUCGGGGCCUGCCGACAGUACAGUGCAGUUCAUCUUCUAUCAGCCUAUCAUCCACCGGUGGAGGGAGACGGAUUUCUUUCCUUGCUCAGCAACCUGUGGAGGAGGUUACCAGCUGACAUCGGCUGAGUGUUACGAUCUUCGGAGCAACCGUGUGGUUGCUGACCAAUACUGUCAUUAUUAUCCAGAGAACAUCAAACCCAAACCCAAGCUCCAGGAGUGCAACUUGGAUCCUUGCCCAGCCAGUGACGGAUACAAGCAGAUCAUGCCUUAUGACCUCUACCAUCCCCUUCCUCGGUGGGAGGCCACCCCGUGGACCGCGUGCUCCUCCUCUUGUGGGGGGGGCAUCCAGAGCCGGGCAGUUUCCUGUGUGGAGGAGGACAUCCAGGGGCAUGUCACUUCAGUGGAAGAGUGGAAAUGCAUGUACACCCCUAAGAUGCCCAUCGUGCAGCCCUGCAACAUUUUUGACUGCCCUAAAUGGCUGGCACAGGAGUGGUCUCCGUGCACGGUGACAUGUGGUCAGGGCCUCAGGUACCGUGUGGUCCUCUGCAUUGACCAUCGAGGGAUGCACACAGGAGGCUGUAGCCCAAAAACGAAGCCCCACAUAAAAGAGGAAUGCAUCAUACCCACUCCCUGCUAUAAACCCAAAGAGAAACUUCCAGUUGAGGCCAAGCUGCCGUGGUACAAACAAGCUCAAGAGCUGGAGGAAGGAGCCGCUGUGUCAGAGGAGCCCUCGUUCAUCCCAGAGGCCUGGUCAGCCUGUUCAGUUACUUGUGGUGUGGGGACCCAGGUGAGAAUAGUCAGGUGCCAAGUGCUCCUGUCUUUCUCUCAGUCCGUGGCUGACCUGCCUGUUGAUGAGUGCGAAGGGCCCAAGCCAGCAUCCCAACGUGCCUGUUACUCAGGACCAUGCAACGGGGAAAUUUCUGAGUUUAAUGUGGACGAAACAGAUGGACUGUUCGGUGGCCUGCAGGAUUUCGAUGAGCUGCAUGACUGGGAGUAUGAGGGAUUCACCAAGUGUUCUGAGUCAUGUGGAGGAGGUGUCCAGGAGGCUGUGGUGAGCUGCCUGAACAAACAGACUCGGGAGCCUGCUGAUGAGAACCUGUGCGUGACCAGCCGCCGGCCCCCACAGCUCCUGAAAUCCUGUAAUUUGGAUCCCUGCCCAGCAAGGUGGGAAAUUGGCAAGUGGAGUCCAUGUAGUCUUACCUGUGGGGUUGGCCUGCAAACCAGAGAUGUCUUCUGCUCCCACCUACUUUCCAGAGAGCUGAAUGAAACAGUAAUCCUAGCCGAUGAGCUGUGUCACCAGCCCAAGCCCAGCACGGUGCAAGCAUGUAACCGCUUCAAUUGCCCCCCAGCCUGGUAUCCUGCACAAUGGCAGCCGUGUUCCAGGACCUGUGGUGGGGGUGAGCAGAGACGCGAGGUCCUUUGCAAGCAGCGCAUGGCUGAUGGCAGCUUCCUGGAGCUCCCUGAGACCUUCUGCUCAGCGUCCAAACCGGCCUCCCAGCAGGCCUGCAGGAAAGAUGACUGCCCCAGUGAGUGGGUUCUCUCCGAGUGGACAGAGUGUUCCACGAGCUGCGGGGAAGGCACCCAGACUCGGAGCGCCGUGUGCCGAAAGCUGCUGAAAACGGGGGUCUCAACUGUGAUCAAUUCCACUCUGUGCCCACCUCUACCUUUCUCCUCUUCCAUCAGGCCCUGCAUGCUGGCAACCUGUGCAAGGCCUGGGCGGCCAUCCACAAAGCACAGCCCGCACAUCGCGGCUGCGCGCAAGGUCUACAUCCAGACGCGCAGGCAGAGGCGGCUGCACUUCGUGGUGGGCGGCUUCGCCUACCUGCUGCCCAAGACCGCGGUGGUGCUGCGCUGCCCUACGCGCCGGGUCCGCAAGCCCCUCAUCACCUGGGAGAAAGAUGGCCAGCACCUCAUCAGCUCAGCGCACGUGACCGUGGCGCCCUUCGGCUACCUGAAGAUCCACAGGCUCAAGCCAUCAGAUGCCGGCAUCUACACCUGUUCCGCCGGCCCAGCCCGCGAGCACUUUGUGAUUAAGCUCAUUGGGGGCAACCACAAGCUCGUGGCCCAGCCCCUGGGCCUGCGGAGUGAGGAAGAGGUCCUCGCUGCGAGGAAAGCCAGCACCAAGGAGGCCCUGCAGACCCACAAACACCGAAACGGGAUCUUCUCCACCAAUGGCAGCAAGGCUGAGAAGCGGGGCCUGGCCGUGGAUACAGGGAGCCGCUACGAUGACCUUGUGUCGCGGCUGCUGGAGCAGGGCGGCUGGCCGGGAGAGCUCCUGGCCUCGUGGGAGGUGCAGGACUCCACGGAGAGGAACGCGUCUUCGGAGGAGGAUGGGAACGCGGAGCAGGCCCUGCCACACCUGCCCUUCACCAUGGUGGCCGAGCAGAAGCGCCUGGACGACAUCCUCAGGAACAUUUCCCAGCAGCCCGAGGAGCUGCGAGACCUCUACAGAAAGCACCUGGUGGCCCAGCUGGCCCAGGAGCUCUUCCGCAGCCACGUGGAGCACCAGGAUUCGCUCCUUAAGCCCUCGGAGCAGAGGAUUCCGCCCGUGGCCAUCCCUCCGCACAAGCACGUGUCUGGUUUCAGCAGCGCCCUGCGCACCUCAACCUCCAGCCAGGCAGGCGGUGGUCCUCGGCGGCCGCAGCGCAAGCCGGCCAUCCUGCGGAAGAUCUCUGCGGCCCAGCAACUCUCGGCCUCCGAGGUGGUCACCCACCUGGGGCAGACCGUGGCCCUGGCCAGCGGGACGCUGAGUGUGCUGCUGCACUGUGAGGCCGUAGGCAACCCAAGGCCUACCAUCACCUGGGCCAGGAAUGGAGAGGAGGUCCAGUUCAGUGACAGGAUUCUUCUCCAGCCAGAUGAUUCCCUGCAGAUCCUCGCACCAGUGGAAGCUGAUGUGGGUUUCUACACUUGCAAUGCCACAAAUGCCUUGGGGUACGACUCUGUCUCCAUUGCUGUCACAUUAGCAGGAAAGCCACUCGUGAAAACAUCACGCAUGACUGUGAUCAACACGGAGAAGCCUGCAGUCACAGUUGAUGUAGGAGGCACCAUCAAAACAGUGCAAGGAGUGAACGUGACAAUUAACUGCCAAGUUGCAGGUGUGCCUGAAGCUGAAGUCAGUUGGUUCAGGAACAAAAGCAAACUGGGCUCCCCUCACCAUCUACAUGAGGGUUCCUUGCUGCUUGCAAAUGUGUCCUCCUCGGAUCAGGGUCUGUACUCCUGCAGGGCGGCCAAUCUUCAUGGAGAGCUGAUGGAGAGCACUCAGCUGCUGAUCCUAGACCCUCCAGAAGUCCCUGCGCAGUUGGAAGAUAUCAGGGCCCUGCUCUCAGCCACUGGACCGAACCUUCCUUCAGCGCUGACAUCUCCUCUGGGAACACAGCUGGUCCUGGAUCCUGGGAAUUCUGCUCUCCUUGGCUGUCCCAUCAAAGGUCACCCUACCCCCAAUAUCACCUGGUUCCAUGAUGGGCAGCCCAUUGCAACUGCUGCAGGACUGACACAUCACAUCUUGGCAGCUGGACAGAUCCUUCAGGUUGCAAAUCUCAGCGGCGAGACUCAAGGGGAAUUCAGCUGCCUUGCUCAGAAUGAGGCAGGAAUGCUCUGGCAGAAAGCAUCUUUAAUGAUCCAAGAUUACUGGUGGUCUGUGGACAGGCUGGCGACCUGCUCCGCCUCCUGUGGGAACAGGGGUGUGCAGCAGCCCCGCCUCCGGUGCCUGCUGAACAGCACUGAGGUUAACCCCACCCACUGUGCUGGGAAGAUUCGCCCAGCUGUGCAACCCAUCGCUUGCAACCGGAGAGACUGUCCAUCCAGGUGGAUGGUGACUUCCUGGUCUGCCUGUACCCGGAGCUGCGGCGGAGGCGUCCAGACCCGCCGGGUGACCUGUCAGAAGCUGAAGGCCACUGGGAUCUCCACUCCCGUGUCCAAUGACAUGUGCACCCAGCUCGCCAAGCGACCAGUGGACACUCAGGCCUGCAACCAACAGCUCUGUGUGGAGUGGGCCUUCUCCAGCUGGGGCCAGUGCAAUGGGCCUUGUAUUGGGCCUCACCUCGCUGUGCAACACAGACAAGUCUUCUGCCAGACACGGGAUGGCAUCACUUUACCAUCGGAGCAGUGCAGUGCCCUUCCAAGGCCUGUGAGCACCCAGAACUGCUGGUCGGAGGCCUGCAGUGUGCACUGGAGGGUCAGCCUGUGGACCCUGUGCACAGCAACCUGCGGCAACUAUGGCUUCCAGUCCCGGCGUGUGGAGUGUGUGCACGCCCGUACCAACAAGGCUGUGCCUGACCACCUGUGCUCCUGGGGACCCCGGCCAGCCAACUGGCAGCGCUGCAACAUCACCCCAUGUGAAAACAUGGAGUGCAGAGACACCACCAGGUACUGCGAGAAGGUGAAACAGCUGAAACUCUGCCAGCUCAGCCAGUUCAAAUCUCGCUGCUGUGGAACUUGUGGCAAAGCGUGAAGACAGGGCAUGGGGAAGAACUCCGCCCUGGCCACACAGAGGACUCACGCAACCACCUUGGACAGAACUUAAGCUUUCUUCAUUUUAUUUAUUUAUUUCCCCUCCCCCACCUCCACACACACCCUCUCCCACCACCACCCCCAGGCCCAAGGACCUCAGCCUGUUUUCUCUUUCAGUUAGCUGGAGGACAGAAUGUUGAGAUGGGAAAAGGACAGAUGUCUCAAGGAGGUUGCAGAGCAGGCCAGGCACACAGAGGCACCCUCCCUGCAGAGCUGGCUCCCUCCCAAAUCUGAGUCUCCAAGAGACCUAGGAUGAGAGAGGCAGAGCCCCUGCAGACAGUAGGAGCCAAAGGGUUUGCAACAUAUUGGUACAAACUUUGGACAACCAACUGUGUCUUUCCUGGAAGCACAUUGUUAAUGCAGGAGUCUGUGUUCCUCUGUCCCCUCUGUCUUGGCAAGGACAAGGGGGAAAGGAGGGGCACACCAUGCUGAGGCCAAACCAACCAAGCCAGAACUCAGCUCUUCUGCUACAGGGCACAGAGACAAGAGAAGCCAAGACGCAGAUAAGUAGGAGUACAGAAAAAGACAAUCAAGGUAGGCUUAAAGCACACAAUGGUGCAGGAAAGGAAGUAGCGAGGGGAAGGACAGAAGUGAAAAGAAGCCUGGACGAAUUCUUUAGUGGGGAGGAUGCGCAGGCAGGUGGGGUAGUAGGCUCAGAGGUGCGGCAGGGGCUUUCAGCCUGUGCUACUAUGGCAAAGCCAGCAGGAGGUCAGUAGUGCAGGAUGGCUGCCCAGCCCUGAGCUAACUGCCGCUGUGCACAAGCCAGGGCACGGGCAUCCUGAGAAUGAAUAGACCAGGCUUUCUGCCUAUGUGAUCUUUGCCACUCUACUCCAGAGCCAGAGACUGGGGUUCACCUGUCAAAACUCGACUCAUGAAUCGAUUUGCCAGAGAAUACCUACCAGGUUGUAGCAACCACUUCAUUCCAGAGCUGGCCAAGGAACCGGGUGGGACAAUGGGAUAGGCCCUGCCUAUCCCAGCCACCAUGUCUAGGGUCUGUGCCCCCCACUUGGAGCACAGUGAGCUGCUGUAGAUAGUAUUUGUAUGGCAGAUGGGGGCUGGGUGAUGAGGAGCUGUGGCCAAGCCAAAGGAAAGCUAAAGCUUCCAGACAGUCCUCCAAAGCCUUUCAACCCAUCCCCUCCAAACAAUGAGAUUCUAUAAAUGUUAUGGUAAUAACUAUGUGCCAGUUUUGGGGAUUGCAGAAAUCAGUGAGCACAGCAACAUACACACUUCAGCUAUGCACGCAUGCCAGCUACAGUGAGAUGCUGUAGCACAGUCAAGCAGUAGCACGAAGCACGAACACUUCGGAACUGUUUGGCCAACUGCUCAGUCAGCAGAGCAGCUGUCGGUAAUUCUUGCCCCUUCUUCAGAGUGGCCUCGGUGUGGCAGAGUGUAGGGAAGGAUACCCACCAUCAUCUACCCCGAGAUAAACCACCCCUCACACACACACAUACACAUACACACAGAGGUAAUGCCACUCACCUGGGGGCACCCCCACAUCAGGGCUGCCGUCUUGCAGCCAGUUUGAAGUCGAAGUUGGAAGGAAGAGAAUAUAAACCUGUGUCUUCCUAAGGUGAGCAAAGGACAGUUAGGGUAGUUCUCAUUCUUCUUCACCACAAAAGUAGUCUCUAAGAAAUCCUUUUACUAAAAAAAUCAUUGUAAUGUUUAUUUAAAAUAAAAGAGAAUGUUUUCUAUGUAUAUCUUUUGUGAAUAUUUAUUAGGAUUUUCUUGUAUAAAAAAGUGCAAUAUUAAUAAUUUGUACAUUGUCAUCCAUUAAAAUAGGUAUUUGGGGGACUUAUUAACUUCCUGCAACUGUAUUCCUGUAAACUCAGCAGCGAUUAUUGUAUUUUUCCUAUUUGUAAUUGAAGCUGGUGUUUAACUCUUGAUCCAUUCACUGUGUUCAGAAUACAUUGUAAAAGCUAAUAUGGGUACCAGGGCAAUAGAAGGGAUUCCUUGGUGGCACAAUAGUUAUGCAUGGAAUGAUGAAGACUGAUUCCAUAAUACUACUAAUGCGGCUGAUGAGUUCAAUAAAAUCAAUGGUCAAUAUUUACGUUUCCUAAAUAACAGGCAUCCUCCAGCUCUGCCAUGUGCCAGGUUGUAGCAGUGGGCAGUGGGUUUCAGGGCGAGCUGGAGAGCCUAGGCUUGGGGUGGAAGGCAGUGUGCUCCUUGCAUGAGAUGAAUGUACAUUUAAUGUCUGUUCUGUGAAUUGUGACUCAGCAGCACCACAGGAUUUUUAGAGCUGCUGGAUAAUGUAGAAGGAGGUACUUCCUCCUCUAAAACACAAAACUGUAUUUAUAUUUUUUGUACAGAUAAUACAGCCUAUUUAUUUAAA